GCGGGACUCACUCGCUCGCCAGUGGACUCCAGAGCAGCUCCCUCGACGAGGGUCCGGCUUGACUAAUGAGGCGCAACUCGAGCGACACCUGAUUGACUGCCGGAAAGGAGGAUACGCCCGGCGCCCAGGAUGAGUGGAGCCGCCGAGGUCGUUUGCGAAGGGUGGCUCCGAAAAUCGCCGCCGGAGAAAAAGCUUCGCCGUUAUGCGUGGAAGAGGCGCUGGUUCGUGCUGCGCAGCGGCCGGCUGAGCGGCGAGCCUGACGUUCUGCAGUAUUACAAAAACCCGAAUUCCAGACGGCCUAUCGGAACCAUCAACUUGAACUUGUGCGAGCAGGUGGACGCCGGGCUGUCGUUCACCAAGAAGGAAUUGGAGAAGAGCUUCGUGUUCGACCUGAAGACGGAGGAGAGGACGUGGUACCUCGUGGCCGAGUCGGAGGACGACAUGAACCGCUGGGUGGCGGCCAUCUGCCUGCUGUGCGGCUUCAACCCAACCGAAGUUCAUGACAGCCCUCCCGUUUCCACGGGAACAACAUCUGCCCCGCCCCCUCACGACCGAGCGAGAUUGCGCCCCCUGGAGGCCGACAGCGGUCAUGCGCACGACGACUACCUGUGGCUGGCGCAAUGCCAGACUCGUGUCAGGCCCCCCGAAGGUUCCUCCCCCUCCCUGGAAAGCGACAACGGUGACCAGCUCUUCCCCCCUCCCCCUCCGUCUUCCACCUCCUCAUCUUCUUCGUCCUCGCCUUCCACUCUUCCCAUCAGCCUCCCCCCUCCUUCCUCCAGUUCCCGGACGGCGCCGUGGACAGCCGCCCCACCGACGGCCGCCCUAAGCCAAUCUCUGGACUCCGGCGUGACUCCUUACCUCCGCAGAGAAGGUGGGAAGCCUCGCUGUCACCCCUCCCCCCACCCCAGGAAGCACUCUUUGGAUUUCCACCUGCGUCCCGUGGCCAUCCCCGUCUAUGACGCCGCUCCCUCCGGCGGCUACCAGGUGCCCCGCUUGGCAUCCGGACCUCAGCCGGCCCCCGCUCUGCGCCCCUCCUCCACACCGAGCGUGGCACCCCUCAGCCAGGCGGAGCUCUGCGCCUCCACGCCAGCCCCGCCGCCGCCGCCGCGCCCGCCCAAGCCUGUCGCCAUCGCAGCACCAGGAGAGAGUCCCACGGGGGGCAAGUCACUCUCAGGUUGCGAGUCGCUGUCCGCCGCUCGCUCUCUGUCUGACCGAGCGAGCAUUUUUGACUUCAGCGACAGCUUCAACAGCUACUUUUUUAAUAAAGGCAUGGUACCGCUGGGCAGCGUUUGCUCCGAAGACGACGACGCGGACCAAAAUUACGUUGCCAUGAGCGCCGCCACCACGGAACCGCCGCUCGCCGCACGACCCUCGGAGGCAUCCGUUCAUCGCCAAGAGGUCAACUACGUCCCCAUGACCCCCGUCGCCGCUCGCCCGCCCGCCUCGGCAGACCCGGUGUCUUUUGGGAGGCAGGUGCCGCCGCCCGCUCACACGGGCUUCCGUAGCACCGCUCUGACGCCCGCCACGCCCCCUGCCCCUCCGAUCCGCAGGAGUGCGGUUGGUGGAGGGGAGCGCGAGGCCCUGCCGCCCCCCAUCCACCGCGAUCUCAAGCCCAGGCGCAGCGGGAAACCAGCUCCUUUGAAUCUCCCUCCAGUGCAGCAGGAAUGGCAGGAAGUCCCGCCCCCUGUGCGCUCACCUGUCACUCGAACCUUCACCAGAGACCCGCCCGGUCGCCAUUCAGCCAGGCCGACCUCAUCCCACAGUUCGUCUCCUUCCUCCGACUCGGAUGAUCCCGAUGACAGCUACGUCGCCAUGACGACCAGCGGUCUCAGCUUCAGCGCGGGAGAGCCCUCUCUAAGGCUCAUGCUUCACCGGGCCUCUGAGGGCGGGGCCAGCAGCCCGUUGGCCCGGCGAGCCAGAGGCAACAAACAGGUGGAGUACCUAGACCUGGACCUCCACACGGGGCGAUCGACACCACCAAGACAGAAACGUUGCCCGGACGACAUCGACGGAAGAGGCGACAAGCCGGCCGAGUGUGCGGAGGAGUGCGCCCGCGCCGUACGCGUGCGCGUCGACUACGUGGUGGUGGACCCCAAGAGGACCAAGGCCCUGAGGAGCACCAGGGAGGCGUGGCAUGAUGGGAGAAUGUCCACGGAGAAGUGCAAAGAACACAGCUGAGAAUUUAAAAAAAAAAAAAAAAAAAAACGUUGGGUCACAUGAAGA